UCUGAAAACCUCUCCAUUUCCCCGCGUUAAAUAGUACCUACGGAGAGCUAGCGAGAGUGAAGACCGAAUAGUAUUGAAGAGAUUGAGAAAACAAUGGCGUCGGCAGCGAGAGUAGAUCUGAACGGGAAUCCAAUCAAACCGAUGACAAUAUGUAUGAUUGGAGCCGGAGGAUUCAUAGGUUCACAUCUCUGCGACAAAUUGAUGGAAGAAACACCUCAUAAGGUAUUAGCAGUAGACGUUUACAACGACAAGAUCAAACACCUUCUUGAACCGACUUCCCUACCUUUUGCUGAUCGCAUCCAGUUCCAUCGUAUCAACAUCAAGAAUGAUUCCAGACUCGAAGGACUUAUCAAGAUGGCGGAUCUGACUAUAAAUCUCGCGGCGAUCUGUACUCCGGCGGAUUACAAUACGCGUCCUCUUGAUACAAUUUACAGCAAUUUCAUUGAUGCGCUUCCUGUGGUGAAGUACUGUUCAGAAAAUAACAAGCGUCUUAUUCACUUUUCAACUUGUGAAGUUUAUGGCAAAACAAUUGGUAGCUUUCUUCCCAAAGAUCAUCCUCUCCGGCAGGAUCCUGCUUAUUAUGUUCUUUCAGAAGAUGAAUCUCCAUGUAUUUUUGGCUCUAUUGAGAAGCAGAGGUGGUCAUAUGCCUGUGCAAAGCAAUUGAUUGAGAGGCUUAUAUAUGCUGAAGGUGCAGAAAAUGGGCUUGAGUUCACAAUUGUAAGACCUUUCAACUGGAUUGGACCUAGAAUGGAUUUUAUUCCUGGUAUUGAUGGUCCAAGUGAGGGUGUACCAAGAGUUCUAGCUUGCUUCAGUAAUAAUCUUCUAAGACGUCAGCCACUCAAGUUGGUGGAUGGCGGUGAAUCGCAGAGAACAUUCAUAUAUAUCAAGGAUGCUAUUGAAGUUGUUCUUUUGAUGAUUGAAAAUUCAGCCAGGGCUAAUGGACAUAUAUUCAAUGUGGGUAACCCUAACAAUGAAGUCACAGUUAGGCAGCUUGCGGAAAUGAUGACACAGGUUUACUCAAAGGUGAGUGGGGAGGAUGCACUUGAAGUUCCCACCAUUGAUGUGAGUUCAAAGGAAUUUUAUGGUGAAGGGUAUGAUGAUAGUGACAAGAGGAUUCCAGACAUGACUAUCAUCAAUAGGCAACUUGGUUGGAACCCUAAGACAUCGCUUUGGGACCUGCUUGAAUCAACCCUCACAUAUCAACAUAGGACAUAUGCGGAGGCGAUUAAACAGGUUACUUCAAAACCAGUUGCAUCAAGUUAAAACGCCUUCAUUUUGAUUCUUUUAAAUUCAUCGUCAUAAAACAUAUGGUCCUUUCAUUGCUAUAUUUUUUUCUUUUACCAACUGGCUACUAUACUAGUUUGAGUGUUAGAGGCUGCAGCCUACAUGUAUUGUAUAACAUGUCAGAUUUCGAUGAAAUCCGAAUAUUUUGUCUAAUAUGAAACUCUCUGUCGAGAAGUGGCAAAUAAUCUGUGGUAUUACUUUUCAUAAUGGUAUAUUUGGUCUAUUAGGUAAAGACCAUUUCAA